GAAAUCACGAACCUCGAGGGGGAUUAGAACAGUGUUUAACUCUUAAAAUAUCUUGAUAAUUAUUUGAUCGACGGAUUUAACAGGACGGGACACAUAAGCAAAAGGCAAGGAUGGCAUCAUCUUCUUUAUCAAAUCGAUAAACCCAAAGCAAACAAACAAAGCGCCAUCCGAUCUCUCCUAUUUUGAUGAUGCUCGGAGCUGCCCAAUUCUCCGUCGCCGAUCAUCGCUCGAAUGCCGUUAUUCCGAUCCCAAAUACUCGGCCAGCUGUUUCUUCUUCUUCCUCUUCUCCUCACACCUCCGAUUUCGUCGUCGUUCGGUUAGGUUUCAGACUCAAACGCCGCCACCGUGGACUCAAAUCGAUCCGCAUUACCUGCAACUCUUCCCCUCACGACGGAUCCCUUAAUUCCGAUCAUCAAAACUACGAGUAUAUCCAAGCUUCCCUCUUGCUUUCAGAAACCAUAUCUCACUACCGUAUGCAAAAGAGAGGAUUUCAAGAAGAGACGAAUUGGAAUUCCUCUGGUAAAUUGCGGCCAUUUUCGGUCCGAGCCACCCGCCCCCGGAAUGUUUUGGACACACUAGACAGGAACUUUCUCCACCGUUUCCAAAGUCCUACCAUUUUCCUCAAGAUUUCGUGUGACGGAGACUUUUUGCUUCCAAUUGUUGUAGGCGAACUUGCGAUAGAGAAUCUCAUAAAUAGCCACUGGGGAGAUGAAUUUGGGGAUUCCCCAGACCAGUUUCAGUUUGUGAAAAAUCUUGUCGAAAAACUUGACCAUCAAGUGAAUAUGGUGAGAAUUACAGAAAGAGUGCUGAAUACUUACUUUGCCAGAUUAUAUUUUAGCAAGGUGGUGGUGCCAGGCAAAAGUGACAUUCUUAGUGUGGAUGCACGUCCAUCAGAUGCCAUAAAUGUUGCAUAUAGAUGCAAGGCACCCAUAUAUGUAAAUAAACAGAUUGUUUUAAAAGAUGCUGUAAGACUCAGUUAUGGGAUGGGCAGAAUGCGUGAUAUGAAGUCUACUUACGAUGUCUCUCUUGAUAGUGCUGCAGAUGGUCCCAAUUUUUUAGCUCAAGAACUUGUUUUGGUGAAGAAGAUCGAAUUAGCUAUCAAAGAGGAAAGAUAUAAGGAUGCAGCCAUGUGGAGAGACGAACUAGUCAAACUUCGCAAGUUAAGUCAAGGGCAUUAAGGUUAAUCUGCUUCUAAUAAGUUGCUGCUUUCAUGCAUACACUUGAGGAUGUACUGCUAGGGGAGAGUACCUGUUACACCUUCUCGCCUUCUAAACUUUUGGUAUAGCAUUUCAGUAGAAACGUUAUAGUGUAAGGACCAUCAUUCUUGGAUUAUUCAGGAACUUAAGAUAUUGAGUGUACAGUUCCGUAGUAUAUAGAUCCCCAAGUAUUUAUAUGUAAAUUCACAUAUUCAGAAAAUCUCCAAACCAGAAAGAAGUCAGUUUCUUUGGAAUUGCACGUCCAUAGUUUGUAAAUUUUAGCAAAAUGUUGAAUGAGAAAGAACGAUUUGUGCUA